CGGCUCCUCGCGUUUUUCCAUUUCGCCCCCUCCACUGUUCCAAUAAUAAUAAAAGAACAUUCUCGAUUCGGCUUCCUAGCGAAUUUCUUCCGGCCAGCGGCGGCGAUCGGCUCCGAUUCGGCGCGGCUCGGCGGGGCGGCGGAGAUGGUUGCCGUGGCGGCGGAGGGUCCGAUCCGCGGCGCGGAUGCCGUGCCGGCGGCGGAGAGGAAGGCGGCGGCCGCGGCCGAGGCCGCGGCCAAGGGCGGUGAUGCGGAGGCGGGGAAGGAGGAGGUGAGGGAGUACGAGAGCGACAUGAGGAAGCUGGAGGAGCUGCUCUCGAAGCUGAACCCCUCGGCGGAGGAGUUCGUGCCGCUCUCGCGCCGCCGCGGGGACGGGGACGGAGGCGCCCGCCGCCUCUCGGCCGACGCGCCCGUGUUCGUGUCGCCGGCGAUCGACUACUACGCGCGCCACCACCAGCUCCCGCCGCCGCAGCAGCAGCAGCCGGUGCACGUGCUGCAGCUCGUGGGCGGCGUCGGCGGUGGCGGUAUGGGCGGCGCCGGGGGGAGGGACUCCAGCAGCGACGGAUCCACCAACGGCCAGCCGAAUCGACGGAGAAGGAAUGGCUUCAUCCAGGGGAGGAGAAGGAUGAUGGGAGGCCGGCCUCGUCGAGCUGAUAGGGAGGAUAGCGUGCGGCGAACUGUCUAUGUCUCUGACAUUGAUCAGCAUGUAACUGAACAGAAACUGGCUGAAGUUUUUUCGACCUGUGGACAGGUGGUAGAUUGCCGUAUCUGUGGUGAUCCUAACUCAGUGUUGCGUUUUGCAUUUAUCGAGUUUGCAGAUGAUGUUGGUGCAAGAACAGCACUAACACUUGGUGGAACCAUGCUUGGUUUUUAUCCUGUCAAAGUUUUGCCAUCAAAGACAGCGAUUUUACCUGUGAACCCCAAAUUUCUUCCUCGAACUGAGGAUGAGAAAGAAAUGGUAUCCAGGACUGUAUAUUGUACUAACAUUGACAAGAAGGUUGGAGAAGAUGAAGUGAAACAAUUCUUUGAGGGAACAUGUGGUGAAGUUUCUCGGCUGAGGCUACUUGGUGAUUAUGUGCACUCCACAUGCAUCGCCUUUGUCGAGUUUGUCCAAGCAGAUAGUGCUAUUCUAGCUCUGAACUGCAGUGGCAUGGUUCUUGGGACGCUUCCUGUCAGGGUGAGCCCGUCAAAGACACCAGUCCGCCCUCGUUCGCCCCGUGUGACGUCGUACUGAAUCCGGCUUUGUGUGAAGCCGUCGUCCAGGGCAGCAGCAAGCCUAUAGUCGCGCGGCCUUAGAGACUGUCGCGUCGCGGAUCAGCAAUUGUCGUUGAAGAGAGUUGUCGUUGAUUAAGACCUAGUUGUCUAGUUGAAAGCCCCUCGCUGAUGUUUCUCGGAUCAGAGGCCCAUCUGUAUGGUUGCUGGGAGCGCUAUUUUGACCUUUUUCUUUCUUUGAUCUUUGUUGAUUAUGGAUGGAUGCUACAGCAGCCUUGACAGGCAUUCGAACAAAUAAUGUCUAUGGCUUCUGUUAUUCGCUUUUGCCUGGUCA